CCCCGGGGAGAGGGCAGGCUCCCGGAGGCGGCGGUGCCUGAGCGCAGGCCUGAGUGGGGCUGGGGUGGGGGGAGCAUGGAUGGGGAGACCCAGUGGACAGAACGCUCGGGAGGAGCAGGCGCGGAGGCUCAGAGGUGAGCCGGCAUCACGCACCAGGGGCGAGCGCGGCCCUAUGGGGCCGCACCACGAAGAGGCCGGGGAGGCCAGGGCCUGGGCCGGGCUGAGAGGAAGGCGGGAAGCCACAGCAGCUGGCCGCCCUGCUGCCGUCACGGGCCCCGGGACCCCGGAGAGCCCGAAGCGGGGCGGUGCCACCAUCACACCUGAGUUUCAGAACCACCUCUCUGCAGAGAGGAUGGAGAGAAGCAAAGCCGACCGUGAGACACUGCCGCGGGGCAGGCCACGCCCCCAGCGAGGGCCCGCACACCCACACCGGUGCCCGCGAGGAAUCGUCGGCACGGGCAGCGAUGCCCUUCCGGCCCAGGACGCGUGCGUGCCGGGACUCACUAACGCACCUGGGGAAUGGCCGGUGCCGUCUCUAAGACGUGCAGCCACCGCAGAGCGGAGCUCACGGCUGUUCCCAAGCCCACCAGUGGCGACAGACGACAGGUCCAGUCACACGCAGGACAACCGCUCACGAGACUGCGGGCCUCGGGAUGAGUCCCGGGCGAGGCAGCGAGGGCGGGGGGGGGAGCUUCCUUACCGCAGUAGGCGGCAGCGGCAGGGGUGACGGUGCAGGCCCGCACCCCCGCGCACCCCGGGCUCCAGCU